AUGGAAACAAAUUAUAGGUCUUACCAGCAGGUGUUGAACAUUUCAGUCAAGCCCGCGGCAGCAGCAGCAGCAGUAGCGGUUUCGCAAGUAUCAACAGCAGAUUCGAAGCAUGCGAAAAAAAUCACAAAGCCGAAAAAAGCUACACUUGGUAACACUGCUAGAAGGACCACCUCCGCCAUCAAACGAAGAACAAAGACUGGGUGCUAUACAUGUCGCAAGAGGAAGAAGAAGUGUGAUGAGGACAAGGUGAAUGGCAAAUGUCAGGCUUGCACGAGAAACUUUUUGGAGUGCUGUUGGCCCGAGGCCAAGCUAAUCACGGCUGAGCCUCCUAUGGAAAUGAUGGACCAGAGCAAACUCGAUGCUACGCCAACGGCCGAGUUGUCGUUGUCGUCGUCGUCAUCGGCAAAAAACCUCGCUCCUAUCAAGAAAUGCCACAUCAAGGACUUGUUGGCGUCGCCUCCAGCCUCGCCCGAACUACCACCCGUCGAAGCCAACCCAUACCCAAGUCCACGCCAAUCUCCGCUUUUCAAAGAGUCCCAGACCCGUUGCAGCCCCUUGGCUAGCUAUACCGACAUCAGUCUAAUGUCCUUGCCUCCGCUCUAUAAUGUCAACUACAAAUUACAAGCCAAGGACAGUAACGUUCGGGGCUCGAGUCUCGAAGAUAAUGCGGAUGCAUCGCGGGAUAUCCGCGCUGAUAACAGUCACGCGGCACCACCACCACCACCACCAUCGUACGGAUCAAAAUUCGUGAUCACAAGUUUCAAUUCUGAUAAAAAUUUAUGUGAUAUCAGAAACUAA